CUGAAUCACAGGGCGUGGCUGUUGGGGAUAGUCUGUUCUUUUGACGGUUUACACCCCGUAAUUCUGUUUGUCGUCUUCUUUGAUUUCAUUUCUCAUUCCGCUACUUUUGGGCGUUGUCAGUGCUAAAGGUAGAGACUGUAUGUUUGGCCAAGAACUGCCCAUAAAGAUCAAAGUUGGCUAACCUAUAGUUUUAAGCAGUAUUUUAUAGCAUCAAGAUGGUAUACCACGCACAGUUUGAAAGAGCUGGGAAACAGCCGGGCCUUCAGGUAUGGAGAAUUGAAAAAAUGGAUUUGGUUCCUGUGCCGCAGAACCAGUAUGGCAGUUUUUAUAGUGGAGAUGCAUAUGUUGUCCUGAACACAGUCAAGCAGAGAUCAGGGAACCUGCAGUAUGACCUCCACUUUUGGCUAGGAGAUUCUUGCACACAGGAUGAAAGUGGUGCAGCUGCUAUAUACAGUGUGCAAAUGGAUGAUUACCUUGGUGGAAAGCCUAUCCAGUACAGAGAGGUACAGGGGUACGAGUCCAACACAUUCGUUGGUUACUUCAAAACAGGAUUGAAAUACAAGAGUGGUGGAGUUUCUUCAGGGUUUUUUCACGUAACUCCAAACCUAGUGGCUGUCAAAAGAGUACUGCAUAUUAAAGGCCGAAGGAUUAUCCGAGCCACUGAGGUCCCUGUUACCUGGGAGAGUUUCAACAGCGGCGAUUGCUUUAUUCUUGAUUUGGGGGUGGAGAUUCAUCAGUGGUAUGGCUCAAAGUGCAACAAAUUUGAAAGACUGAAAGCUACACAGGUUGCCAAGGGCAUUCGUGACUCAGAGCGAAGUGGCCGUGCCAAAGUUUUUGUAAUGGAAGAAGGAAGUGAAAGAGAGAAGUUGCUUGAGGUUUUGGGACCAAAGCCUGAUUUGGCUGAAGGAACAGAUGAUGAUCUUCGAGCAGAUGCUUCAAACAGAAAAAUGGCUAAACUUUAUAAGGUAACAAGCAGUCUGGUUUCUAAUGAGGGUGGUGAAAUGAACAUUUCACUAGUUGCAGCAGAAAAUCCCUUUUCUCAAGAAGCUUUGGAGAGUGAUGAUUGUUUUGUCCUUGACCAUGGUUCGAAUGGAAGGAUCUUUAUCUGGAAAGGUAAACAUGCCAACCCUGAAGAACGGAAGGCUGCCCUAAAAGCUGCUGAAGGAUUUAUCACAAAAAUGGGAUAUGCUAAACAUACCCAGGUUCAGAUUCUGCCUGAAUAUGGUGAGACUCCUCUCUUCAUGCAGUUCUUCAAGAUGUGGAAGUGCAAGGAGCAGACUGAGGGUCUUGGAGUGGCUUAUAUUAACAAUCACAUUGCCAAAAUUGAGAAGAUACCUUUCGAUGUUUCUACUCUGCACGACUCUCAAGCCAUGGCAGCACAACAUGGAAUGGUAGAUGAUGGCUCUGGAAAGAAACAAAUAUGGCGUGUUGAGGGCUCUGACAAGGUACCAGUUGAUCCUGCUUCAUACAGCCAGUUUUAUGGUGGUGACGGUUACAUUAUUUUAUAUACUUACAAACAUGGUGGAAGAGAAGGACAUCUUAUUUACAACUGGCAGGGAGCAGAUUCCUCUCAGGAUGAAAUUGGUGCUUCUGCCAUUUUGACAGCAAAACUGGAUGAAGAAAUGGGUGGAGGCCCAGUGCAGGUGCGAGUAGUUCAAGGUAAAGAACCUCCCCAUCUUUUAAGUCUUUUUGGUGGAAAACCUAUGGUGAUUUACAAAGGUGGAACCUCAAGAGGAGGUGGUCAGACAGCACCUGCAGAUGUUCGUCUAUUCCAGAUUAGAGCAACUUCUUCUGGCUACUGCAAGGCUCUAGAGGAUGACUUCUGGGAGGCUCUUGGUGGAAAAGCACCAUAUCGCACCUCUUCUAGGCUGAAGGACAAAAUGGACACUCACCCACCACGCCUCUUUGCUUGCUCAAACAAGACUGGGCGUUUCAUUAUUGAAGAGGUUCCAGGGGACUUGACACAAGAUGACCUUGCAGAAGAUGAUGUUAUGAUGCUUGAUACAUGGGACCAGUUGUUUGUAUGGCUUGGAAAUGAAGCCCAGGAAGAGGAAAAAACUGAAGCCAUUACAUCAGCAAAAAAAUAUCUUGAAACUGAUCCUGCCAACAGAGAUAAGAGGACUCCAGUUGUGAUAGUGAAACAAGGAUUUGAACCACCAACUUUCACUGGGUGGUUCUUUGGCUGGGAUUAUGACUUCUGGAGUGUUGAUCCUCUGCAGCGGGCCAUGGCUGACCUUGAGGUCUAAUAGCGUUGGCAGUUACCUGCACAUCUUUGCCUUCACUGCCUUCAAGAGAUUUUGCAUUCAGUGAAAGACAAGCCUAAUAUUGUAUGCCAGAUUAUUUCUUUAAGCCAAAGAACUGUUGCCAGUAGUAAUCAGCAAAUUUGUGUAGUGGACAGUGUCAAAUAAAACAGGAAAAUUUUGAACAAGUUGCACUUGACUAUAAUGCACAUUUUUUGAAGUAUGAAUAUUUUUUCUCUGUUACCUGCGCAUAAUUCUGUAACUGAGUGGGGUGCAUUUCUAAUUGAAUAUUAGCAGUAUAUUCUGAAAGUUCUAAAAUGUUUGGGGACUUCAAUUUCGAUUAGUCUACAAGGUGUGUUGGCCAUACUGUGAUACGAGUAACUGCUGUACAUUAGAUGAAUAAUGUAUUUUUUUCUGGUCAUAAAACUUGAAAGGGCAACAUGACUGUUGUCUCUUGGAACUCCAUCUCUGUGUACCAUCAAGAAAGUGUAUGUGGGUAGCUAAUUAAAACUGCAUGUCUACCACACCGUGGCACUCAUGAUUCUGUCAGAAUGGAGUUUGUAGAAAUAUCAGCAUACGUAAUUUAAUAAACCAGUUAAGGCUUCAUGUAA